GGACCGGAAGUUCGGGGGUUGCAGCCUGUCCCUUUCCCUUGGAGCCCUCAAGGGCUGAUGCUGUGCUUUUCCUUUCCUUUUCAGGACGGAGGUGCUUCUUCCCCUUCAGGGACAUGGCUCUCAACAAGUCCAUGCACGCCCGGAACCGCUACAAGGACAAGCCCCCCGACUUCGCCUACCUGGCCUCCAAGUACCCAGAAUUCAAGCAGCACGUGCAGCUAAGCCUCUCGGGGAGAGUCAGUGUAAACUUCAAGAAUCCAGAAGCAGUGAGAGCUCUGACAUGUACGCUGUUGAAGGAAGACUUCGGGCUGCAAAUCGACAUACCGUUAGAAAGGCUUAUCCCAACAGUUCCCUUGAGACUUAACUAUAUCCACUGGGUUGAAGAUCUGAUCGCGCAGCAAGAAGCUGCUGCUAAAGGCUCUGUAAUAUGGGGAAUAGACAUAGGUACAGGUGCAUCUUGUAUUUACCCAUUACUUGGUGCCACUUUGAACAGAUGGUAUUUCAUUGCAACAGAAGUGGAUGAUGUCUGUUUCAGCUAUGCCAAGAAAAAUGUGGAACAAAAUAACUUAUCUGAUCUUAUAAAAGUUGUGAAAGUACCACAGAAGACACUCCUGCUGGAUGCAUUAGAAGAAGAAUCUGAAGUUAUAUACGAUUUCUGCAUGUGCAACCCUCCUUUCUUUGCCAACCAGCUGGAAGCAAAGGGAGUAAAUUCUCGUAAUCCUAGAAGACCACCUCCAAGUUCAGUUAACACAGGAGGAAUCACUGAGAUCAUGGCUGAAGGUGGAGAGCUAGAAUUUGUCAAGAGGAUUAUCCAUGAUAGUCUGCAGCUUAAAAAAAGAUUAAGGUGGUACAGUUGUAUGCUAGGAAAGAAGUGCAGCUUGGCCCCAUUGAAAGAGGAGCUUCGAAUCCAUGGAGUUCCUAAAGUCACUCACACUGAAUUCUGUCAAGGUCGUACCAUGAGGUGGGCAUUGGCAUGGAGCUUUUAUGAAAAUGUCAGUGUCCCGUCACCUCCUUCUAAGAAAAGAAAACUAGAGAAGCAUCGGAAACCAAUUUCAUUUCUUGUCUUGGCAUCUACAGCGAAAGAGUUAGCUAUGAAAGGUCCAUCCAUGGCAGUAGAUACUACAGAAGGGGUGGCAGUAGUCGCAGCAUGGAUUAGAAAACUUCUUAAUGACCUGAAGGUUCAACAUAAAAGUCUCCCCUCUGGAGAAGAUGAAAUCAGCUUGUUUCUAACAGCUAAAGAAAACUCCUGGAUCCACUUAAGAAGGAAGAAGAGGGAUAGAGUCAGGCAACUCCGUGAACUUCCUCGGGCAUCUGAGGAUUUCCUGCAGGCCUCUGAAGAAAAGACCCAGGAGAAUGCGGUUAAUGCCACAGAGAGUAAAGAAAACAAGAUUGAAAACACUGAAAAAACAUCUGUGGCUGUUAGUUGUGAUCUGGAGUCAUCAGAGGGUGAUGGGCUAAAUAGUGCACAAGUCGUGAAAGAAGAAGACAUUUCCAGGCACCUUGAAGAAAACAAUAGAGUAGAGGAACCAGCACAUGUUUUAGAAGGCUUAGGAGAUUCCAGCGAUGUGAAAGAGGAUUCUGGGGUCUUGGGCACCAAUGACCUAACUCUUGAACUUGGAGAGACUGCCAACAGCUCAAGUGAAUGGUUUCUUUUCAAGUGUGUUUUAACUGUGAAGAAGGAAGGGCCAGACACCUUAGUAGAAAUGCACUGGACUGAGGGACAGAACAGAGACUUAAUGAACCAGUUGUGUACCUAUCUAAAGAACCAAAUAUUUCGGUUGGUCACAGUUUAAAUAGUUAUGAAAGAGAAGGAGAUUACAUUAAUCUUAUUUUUGUAAGCUUGCAAAUGUGUUUAAUGUAUUUCAAUACAGCAUUGCUAUGAACAGUAACUAUUUUUAAAAGCCCUUCUAUAGUGUGAAGUUUUGGGACUUACCAUAAUUUUAAAGAAAAAGAAAAAGAAAAACCUUAGGUUGGGUUAAAACUAAGCUAGUUGUACUUCGUUCUCAUUAAACUCAAUAGAUGUAAAUUGUGUCUAAAUUUUCACUUUGAUUUCAAUGAAACGCAAGUGCAACUAAUUUAAUCUGGAUCACUGCUGCUUUUGUGUAUCUGAAUGUGAAUGUUCUAGCUGUUACACUAUACACUAAAAUACAACACUGUAUCUGCCUUAGAAAGGCAAUGCUGUUGUGCAUUCUUUGCCAGUUAGCUGCUCAUUAAUAUAAUGGUUUUAUAUCUGUAUUUUUUCUCCCAUGUUAGUUUCCUAGUAAAUUCUGGGGAAUCUUGGAUUGAGAUUGAAGAGAUAUUUUUUAUGUGAUACAGCUCCAGUUUUGAAAGGACAGAAUCUGGACAAAGGCAUUGCUGAUUUGUUUAUUUUUGCUAUAGGUUGUGAAAAUCUAUUCUGAUUUAUUGCUGAAAAUAAUGUUUCAAUAAAUUUAAAGUUCAAAUGAA